GAAACAAUUGUGAUGAUUCUCGUGAUACUUGAAAUGCACCACUGUGUAGAAUUACCUGACAAUGCAUGCAAAGCGUCGCUGGGGACUGCAACGUCGGCUUUGAUUUGUCCUUCAAAUGAAAAAGAAUACAUUGCAGCUGCCCGGAGAAAGAACUGCUCAGCAUAUAAGCAUACCUGUAGAUCAUUUGAAUAUCACUGUGUUCUUAAUGAAUGGACCACGAGUCUGGUAGAAGUUUGUGCACCCUCAACAUUGAUAGUGUCUGGAAAAUGUACAGAGUUCAACAAGGGACUACAAUGUAUUCGAGAAAGCUAUCUGACGGACUGCAAACAGUUCAGUAAACCCUGUCCACCGGUUUAUAAUUCAACACAAACUUUUAUGUAUCCCGGGUGUUACGACACUGUCAGUACUACGGUAAAGCAGAGUAGUGAAUUAUCAACAAUCGGAGGGAUUAAAUACCUGGAACAAAAGAGGACAACCAGAAAGGAAGUAAUUACAAACCAAGAACAAAUGAGGAAAGAAAACAAUGUUAAAGGAGAUGUUCUGAUAAUCGUCUUACCUAUUGCCGGAGUUUUGAUUGCAGUUGUUGUAAUGAUAAUAAUGAUAUAUCUUAAAUGGAAGGCGAUUAUCUGCAAUCGGUCGAAACAAAAAAUGAAAAGGAAUGAAGACACAGCUUUACGUGUGUCUGACAACGCCACGCAGGAUGCAUUACUUCAAGAUGAGAACCAGAGAACGCAAUCCAAGGAAUAUAUAUAAGUGUUUGAUAACAAUACAAUGUUUGCUUUAAAUUUCAUAUGUGACGGUUUUUGAUUAAACACUUUUAGAAAAUAAAGCAAGGAGUGCAUGUGUGUUUGGGUACGACCAUAUAUAUGUACCAUGGUAAACAGCAGAGUUUUCUGUAUACCUCGGUAUAUACCACGGAAUACCGCAAAUGAAAUAUUUUAUGUGGCAAUCAAUUUACUUACCUUGGUUUUACACUAUCGGUUUUUAAAUCUUUGAUACACGUCGGUUUUCAAGGGACGAGAUGCAUGUUUUAUAUUAUCAAACUAAUGAAGAUAGUAUGCGUCUUA